UACAUCUUCAUCUUCUUUCUUUCCCAAUUUUACCCAUUAAUCACUCUCUCUCUCUCUCUACUCUCUCUCACACACAAACACACACACAAACUUCAUCUUCAUCUUCAAUUGCAUGGCACAACAAUUACCUCCCAAAUCUCAAACACUAUCAUCAAUCAUGACCCACCAAAAUUGGAUCAACACUUCGCCGGCGGCAACAUUCAAUCUCGCCGCCCAUUCCCCGCCGUCAUGGGCCUCCGUCGACGACUUCGCCGAUUUCACCUCCUCAAGACGCAAUGCCCACCGGAGAUCCGCCACUGAUUUUGUUGCCUUCCUUCCAAUGUUAGUAGAUGACUCGCCGCCCAAUUCUUCUCCAAUCGCCGCCGCCUCCGUCGCCGCCGGCGAUGGAUUUGACGGACUCGACGAUGAACAACUCAUGUCAAUGUUCGCCGAUCAAAUGGGAAUGCGAAAUUCCGAUGAUAAUAACAACAACCCAUCAACACCGUCCGAUCACAACAGCAACGAUCUCGACGGUCAUGAUCGCCGGUUGCUGCAGAAACCUAAAGAAGAAGUUUCUCACGAUUCAAUUCCCGUCGCCACCAAUCUUUCCGAUUCCGGCAAUGUUUCCGGCGACACUAUUUCCGAUCCCAAGAGAAUUAAGAGAAGGAUAUUGGCGAAUCGACAAUCAGCUCGAAGAUCGAGAGUUCGAAAGUUACAAUACAUUUCAGAGCUCGAACGGAGUGUUACAACUUUACAGACGGAAGUAUCGACAUUAUCUCCUAGAGUGGCGUUCUUGGACCAUCAGAGGUUGGUCCUCAAUGUUGAUAACAGUGCCUUGAAGCAGAGAAUUGCUGCUCUAAUACAAGACAAGAUGUUCAAAGAUGCUCAUCAAGAGGCAAUGAAGAAGGAGAUUGAGAGAUUGAGACAAGUUUACCAUGAGCAAAAUCUUAAGGGAAAUGUCACAAAUGAUGUUGAAUCGAUAGAAGCAAAACCAAGCGAUCACAACGACACACGCCCACGAGGAGGAGAAAAUUGAAAAGGUUGAUGAUUAUCUCGGUUCAACAUUUAAUUAAACUUCUUAUGUUCAAUUUCUUUGUGUGAAUAUUUUUAAACAUAAGACAUAGAAUUAAUUUAUUUUUUUAUGUGUGGAUUAUUAGAGUGCAACAUCAUCAAUUAUAAUGGAUGAUUUGAUGUUUGAUAGCUGGUAAAAUAUUUUUGUUACCACUUAUGACAUCAAAUUUUAAUUGGUGAAGCAAAGUUUUGAUUUUUUUUCUUUAUUGGCGAUCACGUGAUGCUUGUGUCGUUUUAAGAAUGCUAGAUUAAAAAAAAAUGGCAACUACUUUUACCUU